UGUCAAUGUAGUAAAAAAAAAACAAAAAAAGUCACAUUUGGAGUCUCGGAGGCUAGGCGGAUAACUGUAGCUAGCUAGCUUGUGCCAAUGGGAGGCUGAGUAACAGCCAGGCAAAGUGUCCAAACAAAGAUGCUAGAAACGUUGAAUGGAAUUGAAUUUGAUAGGUGAGUGAUCUGACAUGCUGGCUUUGAUUAGCUUAGCCUGUGACAAAGGUGUUGCCAGUGGACUGUUGACAUUUUACAGACUACGUUUUGAUUCUCACGGGAUGGUUGGCAACGCUAAUCAUGAACGUCCCAUUUUUGCAUGGUAGCAUUUACCUUAGAUGGGACGCUACCCAGACUGAAUGACAGCAAAGCUGCAGAAGCCUUCAUCAAGUCUGCUGAAGUGGUGGUCAUUGGAUUCCUGGAGGGAGCGGAGAGUCACGGCUACAAAGAACUUGUGGCAGCUGCAAAGCGGGUCGAUUCCGUCCCUGUGGCCAUUAGUGGCGUGAAAGAGGUGUGGGCCGACUAUGGCAUCAAAUCAGACACCAUCACUCUCUUCAGAAAGGCAGAUAACCAUCAAGAGAACCUUGUCGUUCCUGAGGCCAAGAAGCUGGAAACUGACGGUCUUGUCAACUUCUUCAUUGUAAACGAGGUCCGAUACGUGACAGAAUACAGUCAAGUGACAGCCGUGGGCAUCUUCAACUCAGAGGUGAAGACGCACCUCCUGCUCUUUGCCAACAGGGGAAGCAAAGAAUAUGCUGAGCUGAAGGAGCAGCUAGCGGCUUUGGCUCCAGAGUUCACAGGCCAGUUCUUAUUUGUGCUCAUCAAUGGAGCCGUCACGUCCAACUUGCGGUCACUGGGAUACUUUGGUCUCACGCCUAAGGACCUCCCACGUGUCGGCAUCUACGACGGUGACUCUGACAUGAAGUGGCUCCUGCCAGAGGGAUCCAUUUCUACUGAGCGUGUGCGAGAGUUCUGCCAGUCCUUCUUGCGAGGGGAGCUGAAGGAUGUGACACAAGCUGGAGCAGAAGGCAAAACGGAGCUAUAAGACUGAUAUAAGAUGUGUAAAUGGUUUAACUGUUGUUCUAAAGUAAAUAAAAACAAACAGUGAAAGUUCACCGCGUUCUCUUCCAGAGGAAACCUUCGCUGCAUCCUCAGCUGCAUGCCUGCCCAUCGUGUGUCUUGUCGUGUUUUGUCUGUUUAUACGAGCCUGAGUCCGUCUGCGGCCUGUUUCGCUGACCGCACGACGGAGGCCACAAGCUGCAGAAAAGGCUGGCACGGUUUUUCAGUCUGCCCGCAAAUGUCAUAGUCACAACCACAACACAACCACUUCAGGGAGAGUGACACACAGCAGAGCAGGAAGACACUCAGGGCACUCUGGACAGCGGUCAAAGGUCAUCACCCACCCGAGCCAGUUGGAUUGUUGAGCUUCGUUGUUGUUGGGCUGGUGGGAACAUUAUCAGCUCUGUUGUAGAGUUCUGAUCAUGCCCAGUAUGUGUUCCAGUGGGUCGUGAGAGUCAAAAAGUAGGUAUGGGUCAGUGUGUGUCCAGAAAACACACCUGCCAUGUUCCCACAACCCUCAGGCCAAAGAAGUGGCGGUGGCAACAUUGUUAUUCCGCAUGUAAAAGGUCUAUCUGAGAAACUCGGAAGAAGUUUUAACUAACACAAAUAUUGGUGCACUUCAAACAUGGUAACACUUUAAGAAAAAGGCUCGUACACCCCAAAGACAGGACGCCCCAUACCCAGAAAAACAAUCUGGUGUAUGCUGUCCAGUGCAGUGAGGAAUGCACAGGACAAAAAUGUACAUAUUGUGGACAGAGAAGACAGAUGGUCUGAAAGAGGAGUGAGGGAAUCCAUCUACGUCAAGGUCGGAAAACCAUCUCUGCACAGAGGGGGAGAUCUGAGACACCAGCUCUCCCCCACACACAAUGCCAUCCUUUCAUCCCUUCCUAAAAGAUUCAAUCAUUUAGCCUCUAACAAAUAAACACAAGACAUACACUUUUGGUUUCAGGUGGGUCCAUGACUGUUUGUUACUAGUGAAUGGAAUGCCAGUGAGGGCGACUCCACCUAAAUGACUGUCGUUGGCUGGCAAACGCCUCUUCUGUUCUAUCCUUUCUUUUUUCACCACAGAAGAGUAGAGGUGUCACGAGACACCCACUUCACAAGAUGAGCCGAUGCACGAGUUUGGGUCCACGAGAAGAAGACGCGUUGAGACUAACAUUCAUUUCAAGAAAAG